AGGAUUUAGACAGCUUCUGCUUCUUCUUAGAGAAGCACCUGUAUUUCAGAAAUGUGCAGGGUGGCUACAUGGGGAUCAGUCCAUACUGUUAUCCAAUAUUAUUCCUUUGUUGAGACUUCAAGAUCAGAUGCCUGCUUUGACAGAACUGUCCCGAAAUCCUUAUUUAAAUAGGACUCCAAGCACCCACCUUCUAACUAUGAGAUCACUGCUUGCAAGCCACAGAACUGGCAUCCAUCUGGACAAUCACUCUAAAAACAGUUACUUUAACUUACAAGAUGUGUUGUUCACUUGGAUUCCAUGACCCACCCUCCUUCCCUGCUUCUGCAGAGUCCUAUGGCUGUAGGAUUCAGUAUCAUCAAAGAAACUGAGGAACAGUUGGGCCCACUCUGCUCUUUACUCCCUGGAGUGGAGGGGUACAAGGACAUUGAUGGCACAGUCAAUGGCCCCAAUGGUCACUGCUAACCAAAAGGAAUUUUAUUUCAGGAAUGGGUUGCAUGUCAACAGAAGUGGAAGGCAUGUGGACAAAGCAUCCCAAAGAACCACACAUACUGUGAAGAAAGUAACCAAUCUUUUUUGGAAGGAAAAUACAAGGGAAAUAAUUAAAAAUGUCAGACAAGUUUGGCACAUCCUUAAAAUGAACAUUCCAGUUGAAAUCCCAGAGUAAGAACAUGAUCCUGGAUCAGGCCUUUAAAUAUAUAACAGAAAUGAAAAGGCAAAAUGAUGAACUCCUGUUGAAUGGAGGGAACAAUGAACAAGCUGAAGAGAUAAAAAAGCUCCGGAAACAGUUGGAUGAACUCCAGAAGGAAAAUGGGCGAUACAUAGAACUACUGAAAGCAAAUGACAUUUGCCUGUACGAUGAUCCCACAAUUCACUGGAAAGGGAAUCUCAAAAGUGCAAAGGUCUCUGUUGUUAUUCCUAGCGAUCAGGUUCAAAAGAACAUCAUUGUCUAUUCGAAUGGGAGUCAACCUGGUGGAAAUAACCAGGGGGCAUCUGUCCAGGGAAUAACUUUUAAUGUUGGUCAUAACUUACAAAAACAAACUGCCAAUGUUGUACCAGUUCAGAGAACUUGCAACUUAGUGACUCCUGUGACCAUUUCUGGUGUUUACCCCACAGAAAACAAGCCAUGGUCUCAGACCACAGUUUCUCCAUUGGCGUCCAAUCAACCAGUUCCUGCUGAGAAUGUUCUUGAGCUUUCCACCUCAGAGAAUGAGCAGGACAUGCUUACCUCUGCUACUGCAAGCUCACAGAAUGCUUCUCAGUCUGGGACAGAACAAGAAUUACAGUGUUCCUCAAGUAGCACACCACAGAAUGAUCAAAAUGUCCCCAAAAUUAAAAAUGGACAAGAAUGCACCAAGUUAAUGAAAAAAACAAUCAUGCAUGGCAUCAGCAUUCCUUCUAACACCACCGUAGAGGCCUCUCAAGUUCAACAGGUGAAUGUGACCUCUUCAACCAUACAGGAUCCUAGAAGUGAAUUUCAAGAAAGGUUUGUCGUUUCAGCAACUGAUACCACUUGUACCCCAUCUGUGAGACUCUCCAUUGUGGAUAGCUUCUCUUCAGUAAACAUCCUCAAAAGUACAGACUUAUUAAGUAGUGCUGGAGUGCCUGUGACUUCUGCAAUAGAAACUGUUAAGGCUGUAACAACAAUAAGCACACUGCCUGCUGGUCCAUUAGACAACUGUUGGUCUUUUUCAGGCUCCUCAGGUGUUGGCACUUCUGAUUUGAAAAACAUGAGUAGCCUUACACGGAUCCCUUCAGCUGGAAUUACACAAACCACAUGGACUACUUUGCAGCUAGCAGGAAACACCGUUCAGCCACUAACCCAGACACCAUCCAGUGUUAUGACUGCAUUGUUAAACGAGCCAGUUAAUGGUGCUGGUACCAUAUCUUCCACACAGAACAGACAUUUAGCUCCAAGCAUCAGUUUGAAUACUUCUGUGCCUGGAGAUGGGCAGGCAGCUGAAGAAAUUGUUGUUACCUUGCCCUCUUGCCCAUCUGUACCUAUGCAGCCAUUAAUCACUCAACCACAGGUUAAAACACAGCCUGCUGGAAACAUCUUUCCAUUGAAUUCAGCUAUGCAGGUAAUUCAGAUGGCUCAGACAAUUGGGUCAGCUGUUACUGCGGUACCAGCUAAUCAGAAUGUCAUAAUUCUCCAGCCUCCUAACACCACGCCAUGUCCCCCAGUGGUGAGAGCUGAAGUCCCCAGCCAAACCGUUGGUCAGCAGAUUGUAAUUAUACAAGCAGCUAAUCAGAAUUCUCUUCCUCUCCUCUCUGCACAGCCCCCUGGUUCUCUCAGAGUUCCUGUGAAUGGAGCCAGUCCAAUAGCAAGCUCUAACAGCUCUGUGCAAAAUACCUCUGCUCCACAAACUUUUGGAGGGAAACAUCUUGUCCAUAUAUUACCAAGACCACCUUCUUUACCAUCUUCUAGCGCUACACAAACUUUUUCCGUUACAAUGUCAAAUCAACAACAGCCUCAGACUAUUUCUUUAAAUGGACAGCUGUUUGCAUUGCAACCUAUGAUGUCCUCAUCUGGAGCUUCAAAUCAAGCCCCUAUGCAAAUUAUUCAACCUACCACUAGCGAAGAUCCGAAUACCAAUGUUGCCCUCAAUACAUUUGGUGCUUUAGCUAACCUCAAUCAGAGCAUAUCACAAAUGGCUGGGCAAAGCUGUUUACAGCUGUCCCUUAGUCAGCCUACUAAUCCAACAACUGCCAGCAGCCAGAUUGCCCCAAUUAACGGUGUUUCAUUACCAACUUCUGCAGCAUCUUCCAUAGCUACUGAAAGUUCAACAGUGUUAUCCAGUGCUUCUAAUUCUAUAAACACUUCUCCAAAAAAAGCUUCUGCUGGUUUGCCAUCAAACAUAAAAUCAAAAAGGACAAACAAAAAGACAAGUACUAAAAAACAUUUAGCAGCCAACAGCAAAGUAUCAUGUCCAGUGAAUCCUUGCAGAGAUGCAGGGAAGCUUGAUUGCACUAAUGUGGAAGCUACAGCAGAGCAGUCAAAUAGUGAAGGACUGCUUGAAAACAUGCCUAUAGUAUCACAAGCAAACAGCAUGGCAGCACCAACUGAUUUAAGCAUUUCUGACUGUCAAUCCAAAGAGACUCUGAGUUCUGAACAGAUGGUGAGUUUACCAGAGCUGAGUUCAACAGAGGUACCAAGUUCAUCACCGCUAGAAUCUGUGAUGUCAGAACAGUUUGUACUGGUUCCAUCAAGUUCCAAAGAUUCCCCUGCUCUUCUACAAACAUCUCGGAAUAACCCGUUACCUGACUCUAUGUUGCCAGAAUCUUCCAAAUCGUGUGUUACCACCAGCAUCUCAAUGUCCUCUGCCACUGAAGCACAUGUGACAAUUUCUCAGGUUUCUGGGGCAUCAGCACCACAAAACAGUGUAACGACAGACCAUGCUUCUGAGGCAGAAAGCAUUUCAGAGACCUGCGGUGUUGGGCAAGACUCAUCAAUUGUGAUGCAAACCACAGACUUGUUAGAGGGACAAGGUCUAACCAAAAUGCUGUCUGACCUUACUAAAGAAAGAACAGCGAUGCUAAAACCCUCCUUUUCGCUUCAGGUGGAACAUUCUGAUUUCCCCCCAGAAAACUCUAAAACAAUAAAAUCAAAUGUUGAUUUGCCUGAGAAGCAGGAACUUUUGUUAAUGAACACUGAAGGUGACACUCUCAUGCAACAUCAUUCCUGCAUUUCCGAUCAAGAGGUUGUUAGUGGUUCUCUUAUUGCUAGCAGGCAGGCGGACUCUCCAAUGUCAACUAGCUCUGGGAGUAGUCGUGGCUUCUCAGUUGCAUCCAUGUUGCCAGACACAUCUAGGGAAGAUGUUACCAGCAGCACAUCAACAAAUACAUGUAACAGUUGCACUUUUUCAGAGCAAACUGACAUUGUAGCUCUUGCAGCAAGAGCCAUUUUUGACCAAGAGAACCUUGAAAAAAGUGGAGGGGGAAUACAAGUUAGUUUAAGGGAUGCUGCCGCUAAGUCUUCUGAAGUUGCACCUUUGGAAAGCGAGCAGCAGCCUUUUAAACCACAAACAGUCAAAGCUAAUGUAGGACAGUUGGAAGCAGCACCAAACAAAUUCCAUGCUCAGGAUCCAGUGCAAACAAAUGUUGAUAGACCAGUGGAAAAACCAAGCUGUUCUGUAGGAGUGGAAACAUCAAAUACUGUACAGAUUUCAACUUCCCAGUCACCAAAUGUAACCAGUUUAAGUGUAAAUAAUCUCAUACAUCAAAGUCGCAUCAUCCACCCCCUUGUAAGUUGUUCAGGUUUAUCCCAGCCUUCAGAGCAAGCAGCUGUUCCCGCCACAGGGAUUCGGUCCAUAUCAUCUAGUUCCUAUGUCAGUCAAUCUCCGGGAUCAGCUAUGAUGACUGAAUAUGCUCAAGAUCAACUGAGUGCUAUUAGGGCAAACACCAUGCAGGCUCCACAGAUGCAGGAACCACACUUAAAGCAGCAAAACCAUGAAAGUCGCAAAGACUCUGCUAAACGUGCUGUCCAAGAGGACCUUCUGCUUUCUUCAGCGAAGAGGCAGAAGCAGUGUCAGACAACGCCUGUCAGGCUUGAAGACGUGGCAUUGACGAACCGAACACCAGACAGUAUUGCUGACCAAACUCAAAUGUUGGUUAGUCAGAUCCCUCCUAAUUCAUCCAAUCCGGUUGCGUUAGUGAGCAAUCAAGGGCACACAGAUGGUCUUAACAGAUUAUUCCCAUCCAACAACAACUUUGUGACGUCUGCUUUGAGGCAAACUGAAGUUCAGUGCAGUUCUCAGCCAUCCAUUUCAGAGCAGCAAGGUCAGACUGGAGGUCAGCAUCUGCAAGCUAUACAACAUGUACCUGCUCAAGGCGUAUCUCAUCUUCACAGUAACCACCCAUACUUAAAACAACAGCAGGCUGGACAGUUAAGAGAGAGGCAUCACUUAUAUCAGCUACAGCACCACGUUCCUCAUGCAGAGAGCUCAGUCCAUUCUCAAUCCCACAGUGUCCACCAACAAAGAGCAAUACAGCAAGAGGUACAAAUGCAAAAGAAACGAAGCCUUGUCCAGGGAACCCAAGCCAGUCAACUUUCUUUACAGCAGAAGCAUCAUGGAAAUGAUCAAACUCGGCAAAAAAGUGGACAGCCUCAUCCCCACCACCAGCAAAUACAGCAGCAAAUGCAGCAGCACUUUGGAGCUUCCCAGCCUGAAAAGAACUGUGAAAACCCUUCAACAAGCAGAAACCAUCAUACCCAUCCUCAGAGCCAUCUAAAUCAGGAUAUUAUGCAUCAUCAGCAACAGGAUGUUGGCAACAGACAGCAAGGCUCAGGGGUUUCAUCCGAACACGUAUCUGGACAUAAUCAGAUGCAGAGACUUCUGACCGCCAGGGGCUUGGAGCAACAAAUGGUGUCCCAGCCAAGUAUUGUAACUAGGCCAUCGGAUAUGGCCUGUGCCCCACACAGACAAGAAAGAAACAGAGUUUCUAGUUACUCUGCAGAGGCACUUAUUGGGAAGACGCCUUCUAAUUCAGAACAGAGAAUAGGGAUAUCCCUUCAAGGCUCUAGGGUUCCAGACCAGCUUGAAAUGAGAAGUUACCUUGAUGUGUCUAGGAAUAAAGGUUUGGUAAUUCAUAACAUGCAGAGUCGUAUAUCUGUAGACCAUGCAGUUGGCUCAGAAGUUCAACGUCUUUCUGAUUGUCAGACAUUCAAACCAAAUGGGGCCAGCCAACAGCCAACAGGCAAUUUUGAUGUACAGGCCUCAAGAAAUAGUGAAAUUGGUAACUCUGUAUCAUCCCUCAGGGGCAUGCAAUCACAAGCUUUUCGAAUUAGUCAAAAUACUGGGCCACCCAUAGAGAGACAAAAGAGAUUGCCCUAUCAACCGGUUCGGGGUAUUCCAACAGGAAAUGCUCUUCCGCCAAGGGACAAUGAAAAUACAUGCCACCAAAGUUUUAUGCAGAGUUUACUUGCCCCUCACCUUGGAGAUCAGGUUAGUGGAAGCCAAAGAUCAAUUUCGGAACAUCAGAGGAAUACACAGUGCAGUGCAUCCUCCACAAUUGAAUAUAAUUGUCCCCCAGCACGAGAGACCGUCCACAUUCGAAGAGAUGGUGAAGGUCAGAAUAGAGAAAGUUGUGACAUGUCUAUGGGUACAAUUAAUACUAGGAAUAGUUCUUUAAAUAUUCCUUUUUCAAGUUCUUCCUCCUCAGGAGAUAUUCAAGGUCGAAACACAAGCCCAAAUAUUUCUGUACAGAAGUCCAAUCCCAUGAGAAUGACUGACAGUCAUGGAACCAAGAGCCACAUGAAUACACCUGUUUCUAGCAACAUGCAUGGAGUUGUCCGUCCAGCUCUCCCACACCCUGCUAUCUCUCAUGGGAAUGCUGAGCAAGGGCAACCAUCUGUUCGUCAGCCAAAUUCUUCAGUUACUCAGCGAUCAAGGCAUCCUCUGCAGGAUAAUAGUGGUUCUAAAAUCCGCCAGCCUGAAAGGAAUCGAACUGGAAAUCAAAGACAUGGAAAUGUAUUUGACCCUAGUCUGCCCCAUCUUCCCCUGUCUACUGGUGGCAGUAUGAUCCUUGGGCGCCAACAGUCUACAAUAGAAAAAAGAGGCAGCAUUGUCCGUUUUAUGUCUGAUGGCCCUCAAGUGUCUAAUGAUAAUGCAGCCCCUGACCAGCAUGCUUUGUCUCAAAAUUUUGGAUUCCCUUUUAUUCCAGAGGGUAGUAUGAAUCCACCAAUAAAUGCCAAUACUUCUUUCAUUCCACCGGUUACUCAGCCUAGUGCCACUCGAACACCAGCCCUAAUCCCAGUAGAUCCUCAAAAUACACUGCCAUCUUUCUAUCCGUCUUAUUCUCCUGCUCAUCCUACUCUGUCCAAUGACAUUUCUAUCCCUUACUUUCCCAAUCAAAUGUUUCCUAAUCCAAGCACAGAAAAGCCCAGUAGCGGAGGUUUAAACAAUCGAUUUGGAUCCAUUUUAUCUCCUCCCAGACCAGUUGGUUUUGCUCAGCCAAGUUUUCCUCUUCUCCCAGAUAUGCCGCCAAUGCACAUGACCAAUACGUCACACUUAUCCAAUUUUAACUUGACAUCUUUGUUUCCAGAAAUAGCCACAGCUCUUCCUCCAGAUGGUUCGGCAAUGUCGCCUUUGCUUUCAAUAGCAAACACGUCCGCUUCAGAUUCUUCCAAGCAAUCCUCAAACCGACCUGCCCACAACAUAAGCCAUAUUCUAGGUCAUGAUUGUAGUUCAGCUGUAUGAAAAUUAAUAGACUGACGUUUAGUCUGAGGGGUUAUGUUUAUAUUAAAAAAAAAAAGGCAUCCUUGAAGAGACCAUUCAUAGCAUCACUGUUUGUCUAAAAGUAUGUAUAUAUGUGGGUACUUCUGUAUUAAUAUACAUACUGUAUAUCCACCCACUUACUAACUUUAAAGCACCAGUGCCUAUAGCAAUUCUUAUUAACAGUAAGAAUGCAACACCUAGAGCUGUGCAAAUAUUGAAUGUUGAUUUUACAGCAUUCAAAAAUCUGAUCGUUCCAGAAUAACUGAUACUUUUUCAGCUCUUGGAUCUAAAGUACCAAGUAAAAGAUUAGCCUUGUGGGAGAUGAGACUGGAGGAAAUAAGUGCUUGAGUUUUUAUUUUAAUUCUUGGUUAAUUAACUUGUCCAGAAGAUAAAGUGAACUGUUUAGAAGUUGGGUUUGUUUGUUUUUGUAAAGUAUCUUAAAGAGCCUCGCACAUACCUGGUCUUUAAGUCAAGUUGGUAUCAAGCCAGUUUUAGUUGAUAAAGACAUUGGCUUUUUGUCUGUUAAAGCUUGUGACGUACAUUCUAAUUAAGGCUGAGUUAAUCAGGUAAAAAUCUGUGUGUAUGUUUCCAGGGUCAGCUUCUGAGCAGCAGUAAAACAUUUGUUAUUUUAAAACAUUGUUUCCCUUAAAACAUGAUUUGCUGUCACUUUCUGUGGAGAAGAAUUUUAUUCAGAUUUGUAUGUGGAACGGCAUCAGCUCCUGCUGAACAGUGUAUAGAGUUUUUUAAUAUAAUUUAUUACCCCUUUUAGUGUAAUCAACAUAGACACAGCCGGCAUCUGUCAGUUGUUUGUAUGCUGCAAGUUACCUCAAGGUAUCUUCCCUAUACCUUGUUUAGCACUUUCUUUGAGUCUUUUUUUCCCCCUUGUAAUCCAUGUCCUUGUAUCUACGUCCGCUUUCCUCCGUUCUUUGGAUUAAGGACCCUUCCUGUAAUUCACAGCAAAUGGGCAAACUACUAUGCCUACAUGGAACCCCAGUGAAGGUAAAAGGGCUCCCCUGUGGACACAGCAAUCUGCCCACUCACUGUGAAUGGCAGGAUCAAGGCCUAAUUUAAUAUUAAUACUUUGCACUUAAAUAGCACCUUUUAGCUAACCCAGUGUGAUUGUGGGUGGGGCAGAGAGAUGAAUGUGUCAAUUCUUAAACACACAGCAUAUAGGGAAAUUCUUUCUGAUUUGUGGGGGAGGGCGAGAGGGACAGAUGUUUACUGAUUUUGUUUUGAUUUUCUUUUAAUAUUUGCAAAAGAAUUGUACACUGUUUGGUCCCAUUUCAUUA